CACUCAUCGAACGUCAUGACAAAACGAAUCCUCUUUGUUUUCACAUCUGCAAACCAAACGUUGACAGGUGCCAAUACGGGAUGGUACCUUCCUGAAGCCGCUCAUCCUUACUACGUCCUCGCGCCUCAUUUCACUAUAGAUUUUGCCUCUCCUGCGGGUCCUAAUCCGCCUGUGGAUGAAUCCAGCGUCCAGAUGUUCCCGGACGAUGUAGGCAAAUUCCUCGAGAACACAGAUGCCCAGAAGAAGCUCUCGACCGCUAAAAAGCUCUCCGAAGUUAAUCCUGAUGAUUAUGAUGCGAUUUUCUAUGUAGGGGGCCAUGGUCCUGUCUUGGAUCUGGCAGUGGAUCCCGUCAAUAUCCAGCUUGCUUCUAAAUUCUACCGUGUUGGGAAAUUGGUCGCUGCUGUUUGCCACGGACCAGCUGCCCUUGUUGGCGCGACUGACGAGUCUGGCAAAUCCAUCUUUGCUGGCAAACCUGUCACUGGCUUCUCAAAUGUUGAGGAAGAGCAGGUCAACAAAGUGAAGGAUAUACCGUUCUUGUUGGAAGACAGGAUCUCCAGUCUUGGGGGCAAAUAUGAGAAAGCAGCGGAACCUUGGGGGCCCAAGGUCGUUGUUACCGGUAACCUGAUCACCGGGCAAAACCCGGCUUCAGCUCAUCCGAUUGGAGAGGCCAUUCUCCAAGCCUUGCAGAAAUAAGUGGAAGUAGAUCGUUUUGAAAACGAACCCUCCUAUGAUUGGUCGUACCUUGAGCAGAUGCACGAGAAUAUUAAAAAUUAGUACAAAUUUUCGCGGUUACAACCUACAACUGUAUUAAAUAUAGGCUACAGACAUCUUCCAGCCCCUUUUUAGUGU